GCCCCGGCCCCGCUCCGGCAGCAGGCGCGCGCGCUCGGGCGCGAGCAGGACGCGGCCCCGGCUCGGCUCCGGGAGCGCGGGGGGCGGCGGCGGAGGAGGCGCCGAGGCCACACCCAGCAGCGAGCGGAUCCGGCCGCGAGUCGCCCCGCGCCCGAGCCCCGCGCACCCCCGCGGACCCGGCGCACCGAGGCCGCUCUGGCCGAGCGCGAGCGCAGCGACCAUGAUCGCUUUGUUCAACAAGCUGCUGGACUGGUUCAAGGCCCUGUUCUGGAAGGAGGAGAUGGAGCUCACGCUGGUCGGGCUGCAGUAUUCGGGCAAGACCACCUUCGUCAACGUGAUCGCGUCGGGACAGUUCAACGAGGACAUGAUCCCCACGGUGGGGUUCAACAUGCGCAAGAUCACCAAGGGGAACGUGACCAUCAAGCUCUGGGACAUCGGGGGACAGCCCCGUUUCCGCAGCAUGUGGGAGCGCUACUGCCGCGGCGUGAGCGCCAUCGUGUACAUGGUGGACGCCGCUGACCAGGAGAAGAUCGAGGCCUCCAAGAACGAGCUGCACAACCUGCUGGACAAGCCCCAGCUGCAGGGGAUCCCGGUCUUAGUCCUGGGAAACAAGCGAGACCUCCCCGGAGCGCUGGAUGAGAAGGAGCUGAUUGAGAAAAUGAAUCUAUCUGCCAUCCAGGACCGUGAGAUCUGCUGCUACUCCAUCUCCUGCAAAGAAAAAGACAACAUCGACAUCACCCUACAGUGGCUUAUCCAACACUCGAAGUCUCGGAGGAGCUGAGAACGCGGCCCCGCCCCUCGGACCAGCGACCCCCCUCCGGACCUGAAGCCGGGCUCCCCGCCUACCUGCUCCCCUUCCCCCCAAGUCCCCCCUCGUCACUGGUGUGGGGAGGGGCCCUCCGGGCACCCGAGAGCCCUGUUCUGCUGAGGUUUGAACCCUGUUUUUACUGUAAAAUAAACCACGCCCUUCUGGUCCCCUAACCGCACCCGCCCGCCCCUGUCCCGUGGUCCCCGCACCUGCCCUGCUUCCUCCCCUCCCCCCAGCCCUGGCCCCGGGCCCCUGUCUCCUGCCCCUGCCCGGUCCCCCUCCCGCCCUGCCCUGUCCCACACUCUUCUGUUAUUGUCCUGUGUGUACAGUAUAUAUAUGUAUAUAUAUUUUAAUUUUUUAAUUUAAGCAAAGACUAAAAUCGACCAUUCGAUGCUGCAGGGGCCAGUCGGGGUCUGGGAGGGGCGGCCUGGCGGGGAGGUAGGGUGCGAGCUGGCACGGGGCAGGGCCAGGGCAGGGGGGGUGGGGGCCGGGGCUCGGGGCAGGGGCCAGCCUGGGCACCGGCGGCCGCCCCGUGUCCUGGGCGGCCCCACCUCCCGCUCGGGCUGUCCCUCCUCGCAUGUCACAGGCUGGCAGAGUCCUGGACGUGCCCCUCCCACCCCGGCCUGGUAGGGCCCCAGCGCAGCCGGCUGCCCGGGACCGGGCAGGCCCCAGGGGCAGGAGCCCCGCGCCCGUGCAGGGGCCCCCACCCCGCUCCGGUGCCCUGCUUCUCUGCCCUCGCCUCGCGGAGUCUCGCGAGGACAGGGCUCCGCGGGGGCGGCGGCUCUCCGGGUUUCGUGUUUGCUCGUUUAUUUAAUUUAAUGAUUUGUAAAGUGACGGUCCUCCUCCUUUUUUUUAUACUUUUCAGCUCAUUCUUAACCUCUGUUUGGAGAACGAUUCUUGUAACUGUACAUUUUUUUGCCUCCUAACAACACGAAUAAAUUAGCAAUUUUGUGCCGGGA